CAUCAUCACUAGAGUCCAUGGAUGCAUCAAGACCGCCGAAGCGGGCUCGUCAAGCAUGCGAACAAUGCCGACGGAAGAAAUCGCGGUGUCCCGGGGAGCGCCCGGCCUGUUCAUACUGCCAGAGGCUGGGCCAAACUUGCGAAUAUGCCGGUGACGAAGAGCCAGAUUAUACCAGAAAGAUGGAACAACGAGUCGAGGGGAUUGAAGGGAAACUCGAGGCCUUGAUUGAAUGCUUCAGUAACCGGAAUCCGCCGUUGACCCCCUCGCCCACGACGACAUUUCAACCCAGGCAGCAAUAUCCCGUCGGGAUUGCUAACACUCCGUUGAUGCAACAUAGCUCAGUCGCGCAAGGUGCAUUGCAACUAUUUAAGACUUACUGCAAUUUCCAGCCUCUACCUCUGUUCAACUGCCAGUACUUCCCUGCGUCGGGUGAGGGCCGCGAUGAGGAACUCCUCCUUGCUAUGCGAGCCUUGGGGCUGCGCUUUAGCGGCAAUGGCAUAGCGGACCCGGAGACACGCCGGCAGAUCAAGGAGUGGGCAGAAAGAUCCAGGUGCAUGGUAAUGACUCGUGUUAUGGAGGGGUCAGUGGAACUCUCCACCUUGCAGACAUUGUGCAUUUUGACAUUCAUCGACUACACCUCCGGUCACACCAUGCGGUCCGGCGCAAACCUCCGCCUGGCAACGUACAUCCUUCAAAACCUGAAAUUCGGAAGCGCCGAACUGGCCAAUCUGGAGAAUGAGCGAGAUGAACGCCAGCUACUGCGCUGGAGCAUCCAUAUGCUGGGGAAUCUCACUGGCGAGCCAAGUCCGAGGCUUACGUUUGGCAAUAAGAAAGAUCUUGGAGUUGCUGUGUGUGCUAUCCAGCUUAGCGAAGUCUGGGGACUCGCACAGAGCUAUGCUGCUAGUCCCGUUACUGCUGACUCUCCUCCUCCUUGGGCGCCCCAGUCUGACUAUUCGCGGAUCACAUUCCGACACACAGAGUAUGAAAGUGUCACCCCGCUGAAAUACCGUCUCCACGAAACACGUCUCGACGAGUUGACAGGCCCAGACCUUCAACAGCGAAGAGACUUCUGGGGGCACUGUCUAUUCUUCCAGAUGGUCUUCCAUGCCAUUCCCUGUCUUCUCAACCAUCCCCUUCUACUCUCUGCGCGUUUACGCAACUUCCGCUAUACAAUGCCACAAUCAUUUCUGCGACACUCUUAUGAGCAAAUAACUCUACAUGCAGGAUGGAUUCUACACUUUAUUGAGCUACUGGAGGCGAAAGGCUAUGAAGUAUCAGAUCCAACACUUGGACAAUGCGCUGUCAUCGUCGCUACAAUCUAUCUCCAACAUAGCUUUGUUGAGGAUCUCUUCUUCCGCGAAAAGGCCCAGUCUGGGUAUGCCAAAUGCCUAAGUUUCCUCCAGCGCAUGGCCCUCCGAUGGCCAAACAUCGAGAGGCAAGUCGAAAACCUUCGCCAACUGCGGAGCAGCAUUUCUGCAGGAGACGUACAGAAUUCUCAGCAGACCUGGUCUGUCAAUGUCCAUCUGCUCCGAGAUAUCCUGAUAUCGGCCCCGCCCAAGCAAACAGCGACGGACUUCCUUGGACCCGGUCUGGCGAUGGAAAGUGCACUUCAUACAGAGUCCUGCACCCCAGACCCAGAGUUCGGACUGAUCGGGUCUGCUGGUAUUUCCGGUCAUAAGACGGUGGCGAGGAAUCUGGUCACUUACUACCCUCCUGAGCAGGUUCUACAGCCCACACCCCCUGAUAUGUCGGCGUUACUAGGCGAGCCAGGGGGGUUAACUGGAGCUCCGGAUAACGCGUUUUUGCAGGCACAGGAUUAUGGACGGUUUAUUGACAACUGGCUGGAUCUACCCACGUACAGCUAGGCAACAUAUGUCCCAGUAUAUAAUG